GUGAGGUGGCUGCUGUCUGCAAUGGGAAGAUCAACCAGUCCCAGUCUACUGAGGAGGCAACAGAAGCUAUGGAGGUCCCAGAGAACGGUACAGGCGAGGCAGAGCUUGCCCAGCCCCGGCCUGGGCCCCUCACGGAGCACGUGUUCACUGAUCCAGUCCCUGCACAGGCGCCUCUUAGGCAGAAUGGGGAGAAUGGGCAGCUGAAGACAGAGUCAAGCACAACACUGCCAGAUCAGGAGGUGAAUGGGGACGCUGCUGGGACUUGCACCAGCGCUGCCCCCACCAUGUGGCUGGGAGCACAGAACGGCUGGCUUUACGUCCACUCGGCUGUAUCCAACUGGAAGAAGUGUCUGCACUCCAUAAAGCUGAAGGACUCUGUACUGAGUCUAGUGCAUGUGAAAGGGAGAGUUCUUGUUGCUCUGGCAGAUGGAACACUAGCCAUAUUCCACCGGGGAGAAGAUGGUCAGUGGGAUCUCAGUAAUUACCACCUAAUGGACCUGGGUCACACUCACCAUUCCAUCCGCUGCAUGGCGGUUGUGUAUGAUAGAGUCUGGUGUGGCUACAAGAACAAAAUCCAUGUUAUCCAACCUAAGACAAUGCAGAUUGAGAAAUCCUUUGAUGCCCACCCUCGGCGGGAGAGUCAAGUGCGACAGCUGGCGUGGAUUGGAGAUGGAGUAUGGGUUUCUAUCCGCCUGGACUCCACUCUGAGGCUUUACCAUGCCCACAGCCAUCAACAUCUGCAAGAUGUCGACAUUGAGCCUUAUGUCAGCAAGAUGCUGGGCACAGGAAAGCUGGGAUUCUCGUUUGUGCGGAUUACAGCCCUGCUCAUUGCUGGCAACCGCCUCUGGGUAGGGACAGGGAACGGCGUCGUCAUCUCCAUUCCAUUGACUGAGACUGUAGUCCUCCACCGAGGCCAACUCCUUGGGCUCCGGGCCAACAAGACUUCACCGACCUCUGGAGAGGGCAGCCGCUCUGGUGGGGUCAUUCACGUGUACGGUGAUGACAACAGUGACAAAUCUGCCAGCAGUUUCAUUCCCUAUUGCUCCAUGGCUCAGGCACAGCUCUGCUUCCACGGCCACCGUGAUGCUGUCAAGUUCUUCGUCUCUGUGCCUGGCAAUGUCCUAGCAACCCUGAACGGGAGUGUGUUGGACAGCCCUUCGGAGAACCCCAGCACAGCGGCCACAGAGACCGAGGGGCAGAAGCUGAAGAAUGUCCUGGUGCUGAGCGGAGGAGAAGGGUACAUCGAUUUCCGGAUCGGGGAUGGAGAAGAUGAUGAGACAGAGGAGAAUGCAGGAGAUGCCACCCAGGUGAAGCCAGUACUUUCCAAGGCUGAAAGGAGCCACAUUAUUGUGUGGCAGGUCUCAUAUAUCCCUGAGUGAGAAUUUCUCCUUUCCCACCAAUGUAAGUGUCCCUCCUCCCGACUGAAUGCCAAGAUGUACAUAUGGAACGCCUGCAUUAUACCUACUGCUGGAAACCAACCCCAGACAACUGCAAUGGCUCCUGCCUCGGACUGUGACCCCCUUCUAACCUCUGAACUUGCAGCUUUCAUCUUGGGCCCGUGCGCUUUCUGCGUGGUUGGAUUCUUGUUCUGCUCUGGAGCUGGCAUCUACAAGGAGAGAAAUGGCAGCGCAUCAGUGAAGUGAAGCUUGGAGCUACAACUGUGCAAUGCCUUUGCCCAGUGCCCAGGAGCUGUCAGCUGGCUGGGUGGGGGCUCAGGUUCUCCAGCGGGUUGCUUC